UCUCUCUCUUCCUCUCAUACCCUCUUCUUCUCUUUCCCCCCCUCUCGUUCUCUCCUCACCAUAAGCUACAUGAUAUUAUCCUCCCCUCUCUAACUCCUCGCAUCACAAGACGCUCGAAAUCUUCCAAAGAACAAGAGCAAGCAGAAUCCAAAAUGCCUGUGAAAUGGACACCUGAAAACGAUCAGCUUCUUCUCUUGAAGAUAUUGGAAACUCAUGAACUCUCAGUCGAUACGAAGAAAGUUGCUGCGGCAUGGGACGCCACUGCAAAAGAGAAACCCACUCCCCGCGCCAUUACUGAACGUCUCGUGAGGAUUCGCCAGUCUGCUCGCGAGCGUGGGGGUGGCAAUUUCUCCGUAUCCAAAAAGUCCUCCAGCGCGACGUCUACCCCCCGCAAGCCCUCACAGAGGACCGCGACCACACCCGGCUCUUCAGCGACCAAACGAAAGAGAGGGGUCCAAGAUGAGGAUGAGGAUGACUUAACUAUAGACCUCAACACUCCUACCAAAAUCCCGACCUCCGAGUCUGUCCUCGCGGGAAGUACCCUGGACCUCGCCGGUGUGGAUGAUGACACUCCUGUGAAGCGUAGUCGGAGCCGCCCUGCUCCUGCUCCUGGUAUGGUUAGUCAGUAUGUAGUUGACAGUGAUGAGGAAAAUGAGGAGGAUGGUGAUGAGAGCGGGGGCAGUGAGUAUGUGCCGGAUGAUUCGCUCGUUGAAGUCAAGUAUGAGCCUAAUAUUGAGGUUGUUUGAUUUGUGUCGGCGACAGAUUGGCAAUGGCUCAUCUCUGCUGCCUCUCUGAUUUACAGGUGGUUUUGAGAGUAGUCUAUUCAGGGAUUACACAGGAUAGGACUGGUAUUACUAAUUUCUAGGGAGAUUGGAUCGGAACGCUGUCUAGAAUAGAAGACUUAAAUGAA